CCAAGUGGCUCUUUAAGUGUUUUGGGCUGCCUACCCCUGGUCUAGGCUAUAAUCUUUUUUCCUCCUGUCUCUUAAGUUAUUUUCAUAGAUCAUUACAUAAAGAUGAAUGAACAAUAUUUCAAUAUUUUCUUGCUAUCUGCAUGGAUUGUCUUGACUACACAGUAAGGCAAAUACCUCACUUUGGAUAUCACUAAUCUAUAGGACUGUUUUUUCUAGCAUGUGCCCUUCUCUCAGAUCACCUUCAGAGAGAUUUAAGGUUUAAGGUCUAAAAUAUUUUUAUUUUUCAAAUUUUAUUUUAUUAGUCUUAUGAUUUAUAGUACCAUUUUAGUUUAUUGUUAAUUGAUAUUAUAUAUUGUUUUCUUUAAAUGUUAUGUUAUUUUAUAUGAUGCAAGCAAAAUGUGGUUUACUUAUUUGAUGUUCAGUACAAUUUGUGAAUCUAGCUAACUAGAUUAUUUAAUAAGCCUUGAUCAUGAUUUAUCAUGAUUUAUAUAAAUACUUCAUCUGAUGCUAUGAUAACUUCCUAUGUAUAGCUUUGUUGUUUUUCAGUUCCAUCUUUCUUCUAUUUCUCUUUUCUUUUUUGCUGGGUUUAUACACCAUUUUGGGUAAUUAAAUAUUGUGACUGCUGUUAAAAAUAAAAAAAUAAAAACUGUAUAAUAAUGAACAAGCCACUUGUAAAACAAACUCUCAGAAAAGCUGUUCCUUUAACAUUUUUAGUAUGUCCACCCAGAUUGAAGAUCUGGCCAAAUGCCUAACCAUUCUGCAUUCAGCUUGGAGCAAUGAAACAGAGUCAAGGAUCAAGUUCCAGAUGCAAGCAGGAGCAGUAAGCAGUCAUUGGAUUUUGAAUGCAAGUCACUAUGUGGAAAAAACACUCCAUCCUUUACCUUUUGGUUUUGGCCAUUGCAACAAACAAUGUAGUAUAUGGACAAAACAGAAAGAAGGGGCAAAGGUUAAGUUCUCUAGCAAGAAAAGACAAUCUUCAGGAUUCUGUCUGUUUUAUUGACAUCAUCUUUGUUCUGGAUAGUUCUGAAAGUGCAAAGGGUAUAUUAUUUGAUAAGCAGAAAGAGUUUGCUAUCCUCUUAAGCGAUAAAGUCUUCCUCAUGAAGCCCACCCGUACCCACAGGUAUGAUAUCAGACUGGCCAUCCUGCAGUUCAGUAGUUCUGUCAGAAUUGACUGUCCUUUUUUAGCAUGGAAAAACUUGCAGAUUUUUAAGCAAAAAGUCAAUGAAAUGAGCUACAUUGGGCAUGGCACUUAUUCCUACUAUGCUAUUUCUAAUGCAACUCAACUGCUCAGAGCAGAAGGUCGUAAAACAAGCAUCAAAGUGGUUUUGCUAAUGACAGAUGGUAUUGAUCAUCCCAAAAAUCCCAACGUUCAAGACAUAUCAGAAAAGGCCAGAGCUCUUGGAAUAUCUUUCAUUACCAUUGGUUUGUCCAACGAUGUCAAUAAAACGAAGCUGCAUUUGAUAUCUGGUGAUUCUCCAGGGAAGUCUGUUUUCAUUUUGAAUGAGCCCAGCCUUUCAGAUAAAAUAAGGAACCAGUUGUCCACUUUAUUUGAAGAGAGGUGUGGAAAAAAGUGUGAAUGUCAGAAAGGAGACCAAGGAUCCCCAGGACCACCUGGUGGCCAUGGAGGAAGAGGGGAUAAAGGUGAACAAGGACCCAAGGGGCAAAAGGGCGAGGCUGAGAAAGGAGAACCUGGUGAAAAAGGUUCAGAGGGAAAUCCUGGAUAUAAGGGGGAAAAGGGUGACAGAGGGGAAUGUGGAACACCAGGAUUGAAAGGCGACAGAGGUCUAGAUGGCCCUUCUGGCCCCAAAGGACCUAGAGGACCUCAGGGUAUUAGUGGUUCAUCAGGUGAACCUGGCCCAAAAGGCAUUCAAGGAAACAAGGGAGAACCAGGACCAGCAGGUCCUUAUGGUCCUGCAGGAAUCCCUGGAAUUGGAUAUCCAGGACCUAAGGGUGAUAGAGGUCAAGAAGGAAGAAUUGGGUUUCCAGGACCAACUGGAAUUGGUGAGCCAGGCUUAACAGGGCCACGUGGUCCUGAGGGAAUGCAGGGUGAAAGAGGUCCACCUGGGGAAGGACUCCCAGGACGGAAGGGAGAUAAAGGUUCUGAGGGACCUGCUGGACCAGUUGGAGCCCCAGGCCUAUCCAUCAAAGGAGAUAAGGGUGAACGAGGGUUGGAAGGAGUGCAGGGCCCAAUGGGACCACCUGGAACUGGCAUCCAAGGAAAUCAGGGUAUUCAAGGGCUAAAAGGUGCUCCUGGUGUGAAGGGGUCACGAGGAAUAGGACUGCCUGGACCAAAGGGAGAAUUGGGACCAUCUGGACAAAAAGGAGAUAUAGGAGCACCAGGAACUGGGCAGCCUGGACCUAAAGGAGACCCGGGAAGAUCAGGAUUUCCAGGAGAAAGUGGGAAACCAGGAAUACAAGGAAUACCAGGAAAAAAGGGAGAACAAGGACCAUCUGGUCCAAGAGGCCCAGAGGGAAUUCCAGGGAAAGGGGACUUGGGUCCAAAGGGUGAAGAUGGUCAGAAAGGUGUCCAAGGAUUAGAUGGACCACGAGGUAUUCCAGGCCCUCCAGGACCAAAGGGAGAAUCUGGAAUCAAAGGUGACAUUGGUUUUCCAGGACCUUCAGUACGUGGGCUACCUGGCCCCAAGGGUGAACAAGGAUACCCAGGCCCUCCUGGAAAUGAUGGAAACCCUGGACAUACAAUUGUGGGACCUAAGGGUGCUCCAGGUGUUAUUGGACCUGCCGGACCGCCUGGGGCCAAAGGGGAUGGUUUUCCAGGUCCAUCAGGACCUCAAGGAUUGCCUGGCUUUCCAGGACCAAGAGGCCUUAAAGGAGCCGGUGAUCCGGGACAAAAGGGAGAACAAGGAGCACGAGGACCACCAGGACCUCCUGGACAAAGGGGAGUGGGAAUACCUGGGCCAAAGGGUAUUAUGGGGCAAAAGGGUUUUCCUGGAUCUCCAGGUGCUCCAGGAGAUAGCAUACAAGGAAAUAAGGGAGAGCAAGGAAUUCACGGUUCACCAGGACCAAAGGGUUCCAUAGGAGUUGGAUUACCUGGUCCAAAGGGUGACUAUGGAGAGAGGGGAGAACAGGGAAAGAGAGGUAACAAAGGAGAAAUUGGAGAGCCUGGCCCUCAAGGACCAAGGGGAUUUUUAGGACAAAAGGGUGAACCUGGUCUUACUAAAGAAGAAAUAAUCAAACUCAUUAUGGAGAUAUGUGGCUGUGGUGUUAAGUGCAGAGAAAAUCCUUUGGAACUUGUGUUUGUGAUUGACAGCUCUGAAAGUGUUGGGCCUGAAAACUUUGAAAGGAUUAAACGGUUUGUAAAAACUAUAAUUGACACUAUCACAGUCAACCAAGCCACAACCCGAAUUGGCAUCAUCAAUUUUAGCCUCAAAGUAGAUGUGGUGUCCACACUGCAGCAAUUUCCUACCAAAGACACUUUGAAAAACGCUGUUGAUGCAAUGCAGUAUUAUGGGGAAGGCACAUACACUGCUACAGCUAUCAGCAAAGCCACAGAGAUAUUUCAGAUGGCUAGACAAGGAGUUAGAAAAGUGGCAAUGGUUAUAACAGAUGGGCAGGCAGAUCAACGUGACCCGUAUAAACUGGAAGCAGUGGUGAGAGAUGCCCAUGCCCUCAACAUAGAAAUUUUUGUAAUUGGAGUGGUACAGAAGACUGAUCCCAACUUUGAAAAUUUUCGAAAAGAAAUGGAUUUAAUUGCUACUGAUCCAGACAGUGAUCAUGUUUACCAGAUCGAUGACUUCAUGACUCUGCAAGCUCUUGAGGAUAAGAUUUUCAAACAAAUUUGUGAAAAUGACUUGAGUUCCUAUAUCACCAAAGUGCUUAGUGCCCCCUCACUACAGCCAGAGACUAGUGAUUCUAGACCCAGUGAGAAAGGAGCAUCCUAUUUGGAUCGGGAUCACAAUGUUUCCUCAACCACUUCCAAGCAUAUUCCUGACCAUCAUAGACGGCCAGUCAGCCAAGAUUAUUUGGAAUCUAGCACUCACCAUCCGGAUUUAACAGUUGUAUCUAAUGUAACUAGACAUGUGCAACCUACACCAGCUGUUGUUCCACUUCCUACAGUAAUACAUGUUAUGAAAGAAACCAGGUGUUUAGAACCAAUGAAAACUGGAAGCUGCCGAAAUUAUCGAGUGAAAUGGUUUUAUGCCAAGGAUACAAAUUCUUGUGCCCGAUUUUGGUAUGGAGGUUGUGAAGGCAACCAGAAUAGGUUUGAAACCGAACAAGAGUGCCAAGCAAUUUGUGUUCAAGGAUAAAGAAAUCACAAGAUGUUAUAAGAAAAUGAAGCCAAAGUUUGCAUAAAAGAAAUUCAAAUGCUGUAUUAAUAGUACUUCUAUAAUAUACUUGGUGCUUUUAUGAAACACUGACUUUUAUAGUUUUAUAAUGUCUUAUAAUGGUAUGAUAUGAUAUAGAUUAUAGUGUAAUACAAUAUUGUAUCUUUAUAGAUGAUAGUUUUACUUGAUAAAAAGCAGUUUACAUUUUUAUGCUUAUUGAUCUAUAUUUCAGGAGCAAUUUUUAAUAAGCUAGAUAUCAAAGAUCAUCAUAAUUUAGCCUUCAUAAAUAUGGUUUUAUUAUGCUGAAGUGAAAAUAUUCUGUACCACUCAAUAUAUAGAAUAGAAUGUGAAUUUUAGAUCAUCAUCAGAAACUGCAACAGCAACAAAUGGACAACUGUAUCAUAAUUAGGAACUUUCAAAAUAGAAUCUUUCCCUAUGGAUACAGCUAUAACUCUUUUCCUAUAUCAAAGCCUAUGUAGUCUUGAAGCUAAGGAUAAUGAAAAUCUGGUUGUUUGCUGCUUCCCCUUUGGGUAUCUUUCUUCAGAUGCCAAGAUCCAGCUAUAAUUGUAGCAACAAGCCACAGAGAAUAAUUAAUGGCUACAGGUGUCCUGUUCAUAUCAAGACACCAUCCUGCCAAUUUAGUAAUACAUUUUAAGACUAUUAAGGAUAGUUUCUUAUGCAAAAAUCUCUGAGUAAAACAGGACCAGUAUUUUGAAUGUUAUUGUUAUUCCAUAUACUCUUGUUUCUCAGGGGUCUUAAACAAAAGAUGAAAAUAAAUUCAUAGUAAAUGUCAAAAUCAAUUAUAGAAGAAUAAGGGAAAGCACUGACAGAUGUAUAUAAGUAUAUUUUUUCAUACUGUAUUUUUCUUUUAAACUAUAUCUCUGCACCAAAAGUACUGUAUAUGCUAAAACUGAUGAGUCAUAAUUAAACGUAUCAUAUAAACAA